AUGGUCGGGGGAGAAAGCGGGGGCGAGGGGGGAGGAGGGGGAGGAGCUGUGCCUGAAGAUGUGAAGGCAGUUCUGGAACAGGAGGUCAAACUGAAGACAGAAGAGUUUGAAACGGAGAGGGGUAAGUUGAUCAAGCAGAUGGAUGCGAAGGACGACAAGAUAGCCCAGCUGACUCAGGACCUGAACACUCUCAAGGCGCAGAUGGAGGAGCACGGGAACAAGUACAAGUCCUCCCAGGCAGAGGGAAGAAAGGCCGCCGAACAACUCACAAACAUGAACAGGACAAUAGAUCAGUUCAAAGAGAGGAACAAGCGACUGGAGCAGGAGUCGAAGCAGUUCCAGGGGGAGAUUGAGAACGCCAAGACUGUGGUGAAGCAGAAAGAGGAGGAGUCCCGGAGCAAGGACAAAGAGAUACAAGAUUCCAAACAACAAGUGGAGCAGAUGAAGCAGGAGGUGGAGAGUGUGAAGACGAAGAUGCAGAAUCUGUCCACCAAGUACGGACAGCAGUUGUGCACUCUGGCUGAAGACAUCUCUGUUGUGGGUAAAAACUUUGUAGGAGAGCGGAAUGCAGCUCAGUUUGAGUACAGGAAGCCAGAUGCUGCCAGACCGAAUGAGGGCUUUGCUGCCUCCAGGGCCCUGCUGGCCAAGGCCAAACACUAUGCAGUGGGAGGGGGUCGCAAGUACAGGGAAAUGGAGGAGGAAAUUAGGCGUCUUCGGAAUGACAAGGAGCAGCGGGAGGGGGCACACGUGGAGCAGAUGAUGAUGUUGAACCAGGCGAAGAACGAGAUGGACAAUCUGAAGGACAAGAUCCAGGACCUGAAAGACGACAACCAGCGACUGCAGAACAACAUCCAGAAGAGAAAUGCUCAGAUUGCUGCCAUGGGCGAGUCAAUAAAGUUUUGCUCACUAAAUCCCCCGUUUGAGUUUUAUUUCACUUUGCCUCAUUGA